AUGUCUAUUAAAUCUCAAAAAUCUCUAAACGACGAAUGCUCGGAAAUAUUUGAAAAGAGUUAUUCAGUGAGAAGUGCUUCAGAAGAAAGUUCAACAUGUGACGAAGAUGAAGAUUCCUUAUCAAGAGAGUUGCUGAUGAAGUUAACUCCGGCGGUUCUGAGUAAACUGAGGAGAUACUUCAAGAAAGCGAAGGAAAGGAACGGGAAAGAUGUUGAUAAACGUAUUGAAGAGGUGAUGAGAGCAGCGGCCGCUGAGGAGGGCAUUGAAUUCACAGCCACCGAGAACAAAACACAACAAGAGACACUAUGUUUAGAUGAGAAGGGAUUUGUGACCGCCUUCGAACAAAUAUUCGGUCACCGUAAGUAUUCAGUGCACGCGCGUCACUUGUUCCGCUCGUUGGCCAUGUUCGGUGGUCGCGUGUGGUGGCAACAAGUGGUAGGGAGACUGGUGGCUGCUGGAGCUCGCACUACCAGCUCACGAGUGGAAACAUGGCAAGAACUACUACCUGGUGGGAUCAGGAAAUUAAAACAUUGCAAGCGAGAGACGAUAGUGAAAAUAGUGAAUAUUGAAAGAGAGGACAGCUUCUGUUACGUUAUAUUAACACGAGGGGGCAGAGUGGGAGUGUACAGCGGGCAGAUGGAACUAUUGAACACUUAUGAGGUGUUCUACCAUAGAACAGGAGUUUCACGACGUGUUAAGAACUGUUGGAUCACUGACGCUGUUUAUUUGAAGGAUGUUCAACAUCUGGUUAUAUCUUCAUCAGACAGGAGUUUGACAAUCUAUGACGUGGUGACCCUUAGCCAUAAACCUGUUUUUUGCAUCACCGGACUAACACACAUACCUACGUGCCUCGCUUACAAACCGUUUCUGUACCCUGGAGAUGAAUCUGAACUGAUAUUUGGCAACGAGAGAGGAGACCUUACAAGGAUGAGGUUCCUUCAACCAAGAAUAUCACUUCUGCAUUUAAAGUCACCGGAUAAUAUUAACUAUUACUUCUGGAUGGAGUUAUCAUCUGUUCCUCACACGACUUUCGUCUCUAUAUCAACCUGGCGUAAGGUCCACUCGAGGUCAGUGCGUCGUGUGAUGUAUGAGAGGGACGGAGACAUCGUGCUGUCCUGCUCACACGAUACUACUGUCAGCGUUCGAUCGAGACACGCGCGAGGAAACUUAGAUGAUUAUGUGUACAAAGUUCAGAGGGGUGUAUCAUGUCUGGUGGUGGUGUCACCUCUUCAUCUCGUAGUGACUGGCAGCCCUGACGGUGUGCUCCGUCUGUGGUCCACUCCUCAGGGUUGUCACUUCACGAGUCUCUGUGCUCCAGGAACAGGUGCCAUCCUUGAUGUGGCAGUUGUUACGUCAAAAGAAAUCGUGGUCGCUUAUUGUAACAAUUGUAACAUUUACAUCUGGGACUUGUUUGAAGAAUGUCUACUUCAGACAGUGAAGAUAAGAUUUCCAUUUCUUGGAGUGCUUGGCAAAAAAGUUGAAUUUGGACCUUACUGUAUUCAUUUUGGUCCUCGUCAGUAUUAUCAAAGAGAGCAUCAUGUAGAAGACGAUGAAAUUAAUGUAACUAAUGACAACGAAGGACAGAAGAAUGUCGACAAUGGUCCCAGGUCGUUGUUAUUUUCUUGCUGUGACCACGUGUUUCUUCUGCCUCUGUCUCGUGACCAGACCUCGUCUGCCCCCCCGCCAGACGGCGUUCUCAGAACUAGAAGACCCUCAGUUUGGGAAAUACACGACUUUAUAGAAGGAUUAUCACCGAGACCAGCUGAUCCCAAAACAUUACAAUCAACUAACGUUCUGACUACAGUUACUACAGACUCUUCAUCAGACGAAAACCUUGAAGAACUCUUAGAAAAAGCUGGACUGCAAGGAAUAUUGGAAAAAGAUUUUGUCCUGAUGAGAGGUUUGAAGCACGACUUGAAUGAAAAACUUCACAAGAUGGGAGCAAUCAUGAAGAACAUGCAUGCGGCGGUAUCUGUUGGAGCUCCUCACCUAUCACUCAUUGUCUACCCAAUAACACAUAUACAGCGACCUAUAUACGAGCGUACGUUUACGAGAUUCAUCCCCGAAUCUACAUCAAACACGCCGUCUGCAAGUGAUCUUUCAACGCCGCGGAACUGCAAACUCAAGUUAUCACAUAAUUGA